CUAUAACUAGGACUAUAACUAGGACUACUGCCGGAAGUGGCAGUUGCGAGGCGACGACCCGUGCCUUUAAUGCCCUUUAAUGCGAGGUGAUGGCCCCCGGUGGCGCGCGAUGGCGGGGCUACUGCACGGGACCAAGCUUUAACAAGGAAUGUCCGUUUACUAGGCAGGCGCUGGGCGUAUACUGGGCAUUUAUCGACCUGUUAUCCCUAUUUUCCCUAUUAUCCACAGCCAAGCACAUGCCUCCUUCGUCUGGUCUAUUAUGCGGAGUUACUCGCGAAGAUGGAAGCUGGAAGCUGGUUCCUUGUUGGAUUAUCGUAGGUUUGGUUGGCAUUAAUAACAGGCAGUUUUACUCGGCAUUAAUAACAGGCGGAUUUCACGCGUAGUUGCUCGUGUAUAGCCUCAUUUAGGCCAUGUUGAUCCUCAUCGCCAUUACCACCCCCCGCAACGACCUGUCCAACGGAGAUCAGCAUUCCCAGUACAAUAAAGUACCUACUUUCACACUGGCACGCACCGGUGAUCUCCUACAUUCCGCUCCUGCCCUCCUCGUACUACUCAUGUACUCCCUCUGCUGGUAUCUAUCUCCAUGUGGGGAUUGGGAUUGGCAAGGCAAGUGGGACCCUGAGGGGUGCUACUGUACAUCGGCUGCACCACUCACCUUUCACCUUACACCAACCUGUGUUUACCUUACCUUCCGCUAUCACCGACCAUGUCUAACCUCCUGCUCUUUUCGGAAUUACCAGAUGCCCUACCUAGACACAGACACGAAGCGAAGAGACCCGGGGGGGUUUGACUGACAUUGAUCCAGAUGCAUAAGGUUACUGAGGUAAGUCAAAAGAUCGUCCGGGCUGUAUAUAAGGUGGAACACUUUCUUCUUCCCCUCCAUUUCUGUUUCGUUUCGUUUCUUCUCUGCGUUCUCAUCUGCUUCCUUCAUUGUUAGAAUAUCCUCUAGCAUUUAGAAGUUGCCAUCAUGCGCGCUGGAGGAAUCGUCGUCGGGCUGCUGUCUCUUGUAGGCAGCGCCCUUGCUAAGCCGGCAGUUGAGGUUUUUGAGUCUGUGAACGAGCUUCCCGAGGGAUGGACUCAAGUUCGCACCCCAGCUCCCGAGACAAUUGUCAGUCUGCGCGUUGCAUUGGAGCACCCGAACCAAGAACUCUUCGAGCAGACCCUCUUGGACGUGUCGACCCCAGACCACCCCAAGUACGGCCAGCAUCUCACGGGAGCCGAGCUGAAGUACAUGCUGAAGCCCCGCGACGACUCCACCGAGUCGGUCAUGACAUGGCUGGCGAGCUCGAACGUGCCAGCGAGCGAGAUCAAGAACGAUGGGGAGUGGAUCAACUUCCGCGCCACUGUUGCGCAGGCUGAGGAGCUCCUGUCAACCAAGUUCUACGUCUACAAGCACAAUGAGGACAACAAGGAGAUGAUCCGCACGCUUGAAUACUCUCUCCCAAGCUCCGUCGCGCCGCAUGUCCUCACCAUCCAGCCAACCACCCGCUUCUCCAGGAUGAUGGCCCAGCGCAGCACAAUCCACGACAUCAGCGCCAUGAACGCCGUCUUCGGCGUCGCAGCAACCAACCACAAGCCCGCCCCCGCCAUCCCAUCCACCGAACUAGACGUCAAGGCUUGCAACGCCUCCAUCACCCCCGCCUGCCUCAGGGCCCUCUACAACGUCGGAGACUACCAAGCCGAUCCCAAGGGCAAGUCCCUCUUCGGCGUCGCGGGUUACCUCCAGCAAUACGCCAAGAUCAAUGACCUGAAUAACUUCAUCGCCAAGUACGCCCCCUACGCCAAGGGCACAACAUUCAACUCCGUCGGCGUCAACGGGCCCAACAACCCGCAAAACACCACCGAGGACGACGUCGAGGCAAACCUGGACAUCCAGUACGCGGUAGCCAUGUCCUACAACAUCCCCGUAACCUACUACAGCACCUCCGGCCUCGGCGAGCUGGUCCCAGACCUCGACCAACCCGACAAAGCCACCGGACAGAACGAGCCCUACCUCGAUUUCAUCACCUACCUCCUCUCGCUCCCCAAAGACAAGCUGCCGCAGACAAUCACCACAUCCUAUGGCGAGAACGAGCAAUCCGUCCCCCCCAAGUACGCUAAGAAAGUGUGCAGUAUGUUCGGCGAGCUCGGUCUGCGCGGCGUCUCUGUCCUUUUCUCCUCGGGUGACACCGGUGUCGGAUCAGCGUGCCAGACGAACGACGGGAAGAACACCACGCGUUUCUUGCCCAUCUUCCCCGCUGCGUGUCCGUGGGUUACGUCCGUCGGAGGCACGUACCAGGUCCAGCCCGAGCGCGCUGUGUCGUUCUCCUCGGGGGGAUUCAGUGAUCUCUUCCCGCGGCCUAAGUACCAGGAUAAAGCUGUGAAGGGGUUCCUGCGUAUCUUGGGUGAUAGGUGGAAGGGCCUCUACAACCCCGCCGGGCGUGGAUUCCCGGAUGUUGCUGCGCAGGGAUAUAGGUUCCACGUCAUUGAUGAGCUUGCCAACAAGACUAACCCUGACAUUCUAGUCGGUGGCACCAGCGCCUCCGCACCCGCCUUCGCCGCCAUCGUAGCCCUCCUCAACAAUGCUCGCACAUCCCGCCACCUCCCCCCCCUCGGCUUCCUGAACCCAUGGAUCUACUCCAUCGGCCACUACGGUCUCAACGACGUCACGCACGGCGGAUCGACGGGGUGCACGGGGAAGGACAUCUACUCCAAGCUUCCGACGCCUGUGGUGCCGUUUGCGAGCUGGAAUGCGACGGAGGGGUGGGACCCGGUUACGGGGCAUGGGACGCCGGAUUUUAAGAAGUUGUUGGAGUUGAGUACGCCGGGUGGGGGGUGGUGGGGUAUUGGUAGGGAGAAGGAGGAUUAG